AAGAAAACGGGGGGUCGUUAGGUUGCGAAAAAUAUGCCCCCAGCCACGGCCCUUUCUGCAAAAUCGAGCUUCUUAGGGCUUCCCGUAUCUCAGCCAGUCAAACUUCCCCACUCCGAAAUGGGAAACCUCCGGACUCUGCUCUCUUCGGGUCUCCCACCCAAGGAAAAAAGACGCUGUUAGUAACAGUUGCCAUGCAAAUGUUCUGUUGGAGUGUUGCGGAUUUAAGGUGAAAAAUCUGAAUGUUUAGAUGCAGUCUUCAUCCUUAAGAGAUGUGUGGGGAGGAAAAGACCUUGGUAAUUUAUAAAUAAGAAAGGCAACUGCUACAAAGAAUUCAUGAUGAUCCCUUAAAUUCAGAGGCCAACUGACAACCAGGGCUAAUAAGCUCACAGCUUUUGUGCCACAUAUACAGGAUGAACCAGAUUUCAUUAUGCAAGCAAGACAACAUUAAAUAGUAAGGAAUGAUCUUACCAUGCACUGAACAAUCUCUGAACAUCAGGUGCUUAGGCCUCAGAAAAUGUCUGCUUGCAAUGCCUUCACUGAACAUGUGUGGAAACCUGGUGAAUGUAAAAAUUGCUUCAAGCCAAAAAACUUACAUCAGCUGCCUCCAGGCAGUGAAAAACCUCCAGUCUCAAAUUCAAAUAUAAAAACCAAUGCAAUUCACAGCAACCAACGUGCUAAGAAUACAGGAAAUUUUCGGCCACCUGUGGCAAAGAAACCCACUAUCGCUGUGAAACCCACCAUGAUGACAAUAGAUGGACAGGGUAUAUGUGGUGAAAUCACCUCACAGGAUCUUUGUGAGAACAAACCAGCUAUUGUAGGUUGGAACCAGAAUAGAACUGUCUUGAAGAAAAAGCCACUGAAUAAUAAUAACAAUAAUAAUGAAGAAGAAGAGGAAGAAGAAGAAGUUGAAAGUUAUAAUCAUAUUCAUAGAUCUUUUGGAAAUAAUGAUGAUACAAGUAAAGCUCCAAGCAACAAUAAUGGACUAACUGAAGUAUUGAAGGAAAUUGCUGGCUUAGAUCGUUCAGCUUUUCUAACAGGAAAUGAAAUUAAUUCAAGGGAAGCAUUCUUGGGGCGAAUAAACAAUUGUUAUAAAAAGUCAUUAGAAAGAAUGAUCCCUCCAAGUUGCCUGAUGGGUGGAACAAAGUCACAAAAUAAGCAUGUUGUAUUAAGUGGAACCACUGCUGUAAUAAGCAACGAAGGUGGCCGUUUCUGUUACCCUGAAUUCUCCAGUGGAGAUGAAAGUGAGGAUGAUCUGUUUUUUGGCAGCAUCCAUGAAGAUCAUGAGAGCUGGGAUGAAAGUGAUGAAGAGUUGCUAGCAAUGGAAAUCCGCAUGAGGGGACAGCCACGUUUUGCUAACUUUAGGGCUAAUACACUGUCACCUGUUCGAUUUUGUGUUGACAAGAAAUGGAAUACAGUGCCUUUAAGGCAUAAGUCUCUUCAGAGAUUUUGUGCGGUAGAUUAUGAUGACAGCUAUGAUGAAAUUUUGAAUGGUUAUGGAGAUGACCCUGUAAUCCUUUUUGGACAGGAAAGCAUGCAAAGCAUGGUUUCAUCAGAUUCUAUAUCUCCUGAUUCUUCUCUGACUGAAGAAUCUCAUUCUGGAACAGCCAGCAGUUCUUCACAAAGGCUUUGCAAUGGUAGAAUGUCUCCUAACAGUUCCAAAAGUACCAGAUUAAUGGAAGAAAGUGAUAAAAGGUUUUUUGAUGAUCAACAAGUAAAAGUUGCAAUUAAAAACACUCAAAAUGCUACCAAAACUGUAGAGACACACAAAGCUGUGCUUGCCAUUAAGCUAGAAGAAAAAGAUAGCAAGACUACUGUCCCAAGUGAUAAACAAGAAUGGAAAAGUCCUUUAAAUAUGCCAUUUCAGGCAACAGCUACAAAUUCAAUCCCCCUGGAAGAACAAGCAAAACCUUAUAGAGUAGUAAACAUGGAACAACCAGUGUGCAAACCUUAUACGAUAGUGGAUGUAUCAGCAGCCAUGACACAUGAAAGUAUAGAGAAUCAGGCAAAAAAUCUAGAUACUAGAUGUAUUCUGUCUAACCCAAAUUUACCAGAUGCCCUAAGUACAAAUGCUAUGUCUCAUUCUGUAUCAUGUGGGCAAGUAACUCCUAAUCUUAAAAAAUCCAACACUGCCAGAUACCAGGAAGUUUGGACUUCCAGUACAAGUCCACGACAAAAAAUCCCUAAAGUGGAACUAACUGCCAAUAUUCCAGGGCCUUCUGUUCCUGUAAGGAGAAAUAUUCAUAAAUCUGCUCCCACUUCACCUACAUCAACAAAUAUUUCUACAAAAACAAUCCCUGUCAAGUCCCCUAACUUGUCUGAAAUAAAAUUCAAUAGCUAUAAUAAUGCUGGCAUGCCACCCUUCCCAAUUAUUAUUCAUGAUGAGCCAACUUAUGCUAGAUGUUCCAAGAAUGCCAUCAAAGUUCCUAUUGUAAUAAAUCCAAAUGCAUAUGACAACUUGGCCAUCUAUAAAAGUUUUUUAGGAACUAAUGGAGAUCUCUCUGUUAAAGAUAAAACCACUAGUAUCAUCAGCCACACAUAUGAAGAAAUAGAAACAGAAAGCACAGUAUCUGAAAAUAUACCUAAUAGAUCUGCAGAAAUAUCCCAAGUGAAAGGUUUAGGUAAUAGCACUGAGAGAAGACUGGGUUCUGUAGCUCAGAAAGUUCAGGAAUUCAAUAGCUGUCUUGGAAAAAGUCAGACUUCACCCAAAGGUUCUUGCCAUGGCUCCCCAACAAAAAUACAAAGAACUUUUCAGGAUUCUUUAGCUAAAAUAGAAGAUAUACAGGAAAUAUCUAAUGACAGUCGAGAAAAUGCCUGUACAGUACUAUCGCAGAUUGUAGCAUCAAUCCAGCCUCCACAGUCUCUCCCUGAAACACCUCAGACUGGCCCUAAGUCUUGCAGCGUUGAGGAACUCUAUUCUCUGCCUCCUGAUGCAGACACAGAUAAAAGCACUCCAAUGCGACCGAAAUCACUUUUUUCAAUGCAAUCUAAUCCUAAUGCUGAGGGGAUCAAAUCCACAGAAAUUAUGUCAAAGGAAAUCCCAUCAAAAUCACCAAUCAUGCAGCCUUCAAAACCAGUGACAACUUCUCAGAGCCCUAAAACAGAGCAGCCUCCCCCUUUCCCACCUCCCCGUUCCACAUCUUCACCUUAUCAUGCCAGCAAAGCGUUGCAAAAACAUUUCAGCAAUUGGAGCAAACCAAUGAGCCCUGUUAGGUCUACGGAGGCUGAAUCAGUUUUGCAUUCAGAAGGUAGGCGAGUUGUUGAUGCAAAGCCUAAGCGAUGGAUAUCAUUUAAGAGCUUCUUUCGUCGCAGAAAGACUGAAGAAGAGGAGGACCGAGAAAGAGAGAAAGGGAAACUUGUGGGUCUUGAUGGAACUGUAAUUCAUAUGCUUCCACCACCUCCUGUUCAACGUCACAAUUGGUUCAGUGAAUCAAGAACAGAUUCCAGUGAGAAACCCUCUGUUGUUUUUAUGUUUAAAUGUGAUCAAGCAAAGUUGGAGACAAAAACCGAUCAAAACAAAACUGAAGUGGAACCAGCCAUUGAAGUUAUGACAACAGAGAGGGGAGAGAGGGAAAAACAUCCAGAGACACCAGAAGAAAAAAAGAGCCAUUCCUCUUCACCUCAAGCUCCAAAGGAAAUUCUCAGCUCACCAGACCCCAGUGGAAUAAAUGCUUCACCAGAGUUUCGAGACAUGAUUAAAAGGCUCAAGAAGGCUCUGAGAGAAUUUCCUUUAAUGGGGAACUGUGUGAGUGAGUAUAGUGGUCAAGGGCCUGACGAGAAAGAGAAACCUGUGGAAAAUGUGUCCCCUCCGAUUCCAACUUCUGCAUUUGAAAAGCAGGGCGUUGGCAGUACUGCAUUCCACACUCCAGAAAUAUUACAGGUGGAAGAUGAGAGAGAAGAAAUGUCUGAUUCUUCUGAUGUGAGUGCCUGUAGUGCUACAUAUAGUAACUUAGGGCAAUCCAGAGCAGCAAUGAUGCCUCCAAAGCAGCCACGGCAACUCAAGGGAGCUUUAGAGGAUGCCAUUGCAUUUGGGGGAAUAUCUGAUCCAGAAAUAUCUACCAUUUUACAUCCAAUCCCACCUCCCCUGCCAAAGAAAACUAUUUUGAGAGCACACACAGAUCCACUUCCGAAAGAACUGCAGAAGCAGGCUGCUGAAAGUAGCCUUUGUGUGAUGGCUAACCCCACCUAUGACAUUGACACUAACUGGGAAGGAAGCAGCGCCUGCUCUUCCGUCAGCUCAGAAUUCAAGGCAGUUGACAACGAAUCAGGAGAUUCUUUGGGCAGACCUCCAGAAAAAGGGCUGGCAGUCUCAUCUGCUGCCAAUAGCUUCUCCAACCUCACUGCUAUCAGUAUUAAGAAAAGCUGUUCCAAUAGCAUGGAGUCCCUGUCAGUUAGGCCUGUUACCCACAGCAAGCACAGUAAAGCUGCCCAGAAGCCACAGCAGCAAGCACUUUAUAGAGGAAUUGAAAACAGAGAAGAAGUAGUGAACAAGAUCAGAAGCCUUCACACAGAUUCGCUGAAGAAACUCUCUGUCAAGUGUGAAGAUCUUUUUAUGGCUGGACAGAAAGAUCAACUUCGAUUUGGGGUAGACAGUUGGUCGGACUUCAGAUUAACCAGUGACAAGCCAUGCUGCGAGGCAGGUGAUGCUGUAUAUUACCCUGCCUCUUAUGCAAAAGAUGCACUCAACAAUUAUGCAGUCAAGAUUUGUAAGAGCAAAGCUAAAGAAUCCCAACAGUAUUACCACAGUUUGGCCAUUCGCCAGAGCUUGGCUAUUCAUUUUAACAUACAGCAGGAUUGUGGCCACUUCCUAGCAGAUGUACCUGUUCGUCUCCUUCCAUGGGAAGAUCCCAAUUCACCUGAAGAAGAGGAAGAUGUUGAGCAGAAGAACGAAGAGAGUCUCUGUACUGUGGAAGUUUCACAGAAGGACAGUCCAGGUCUGCAAACAACCAUCAGUAAGCAGCGCAGCAGAGUUGUUGUUAUUACCCGGGAAGUUCCCUACUUGUCAGUGGCAGAUUUUGUGCAAAACUCUGUAGAUCACCAUUCUAGCUGUCCAGAUUUGUAUGAAAGACAAGUGUGCCUACUACUCUUACAAUUGUGUUCUGGUCUAGAGCACCUGAAACCCUAUCAUAUUACACACUGCGAUCUGCGUUUGGAGAACCUUUUGCUGGUAGACUGCAGGCCAGGCAGAAGCCUUCUGAAUAAUGAGUCUGUUGAGCUCAACCCCAGUGCUGCUUGCUCUGCCCGGCUUAUUGUGAGCAAUUUCUCUCAAGCCAAGCAAAAGAGUCACAUGGUGGAUCCAGAGGUUCUGAAAGACCAGUCUCGGCUCGCCCCAGAAAUCAUCACUGCCACACAGUAUAAGAAAUGUGAUGAGUUCCAGACUGGCAUCCUCAUUUAUGAAAUGCUGCACCUGCCCAACCCCUUUGAUGAGAAUCCAGAGCUGAAAGAGAAGGAAUACACUCGGGCUGACCUACCCCAAAUCCCUUGUCGGUCACUUUAUUCCCUUGGGCUUCAGCAGCUUGCUGCUUGCCUGCUGAACCCGAACCCGUCAGAAAGGAUCCUUAUAUCUGAGGCCAAGGGCGUCCUUCAGUGUUUGCUUUGGGGUCCUCGGGAGGAUUUGUUUCAGACUCUCAGGGCCUCUACUAAACCUUCACAAAGAGAGACUGUACUCCAAAACUGGCUAGACAUCAAACGGACCCUGUUGAUGAUUAAGUUUGCUGAAAAGUCUUUGGACAAGGAAUGUCAAGUCAGCCUUGAAGACUGGCUUUGUUGUCAGUAUCUGGCUUUUGCCACUAUAGACUCACUCAGUCGCAUAGUGAAAAUUAUGCGGCACCAUUAGUUUCGUAGGAGUGGUUGCUUCACUUGGAUAUACCCCAAUCAUUUCUUUGGCACAAGUUUCAUGCUGUGUUAACGUUCUUAUCUAGGUCUUGAGAUCACCAGCACUGAGCAAACAGAUUUCAACAGGAAGUUCCAUUUCCAGUCUUGCAUGCAUUGGAGAGGUCUGCAAACCAUCACACCUGGCCUCCUGACCCUUGAACUUUGUCGGCCUAUCCCUGUUUUAAUCCAUGACUCCAACUUAUUAGUCACAUUUCCUCGAUGAGUAGCUUUUACAGGAUUCUUUUAGGGAGAUGGCAUCCUUGACUGCAUUUGAUGUAUGAGAGAGAGCAGUGAUUUAGUGGUACUGCCUUCUGAAUAAUUUUUUUUUUUCUUUUAACAGUAUCUUAGAGAGGUUGUAGGGUUGAGUAGUAGUAGGGUAGGGGUGCCUUUCCCAUUGGCCAUUUUCCCACUCAGAUUUAGUCCCCACCCUUGCCCUUUCCCCAAGUUCUCUUUGAAAAUGUAUUUUUCCUUUAUUUUGUCAUUUUUUAUCUGAUUUGUCAGAUUUAUUAAUCACCUGAAUAUACUACCAACUGAAGCAAAAGAUUCUUUUUUUGCAGUGCACAGGAUCAGUAAAGAUUAUUGGUGAAGUGUUACUCAUAAUGUUGCUAACCACAUGCAGCAUAAGAACCUAAGGGCAACUGAAGCCAACAUGUAUUAAAAACAGCUGGCCCCAUAUUCUUAUCCAGUUGAUGUAUAUAUUAAACCAAAGGUUGGUUGUUUUUUGUUUUGUUUUGUUUUGUUUUGUUUUGUUUUGUUUUGUUUUGUUUUUGCAAAGCAAAGCAAAAGUCAACUAGGCUGACAGCUGCAAAAGUUUCUUAAAGCUCAGCUUGAUGUGAUAAAUAAGCUGUGCAGCUAGAGAUUUCCAGCUAGGUUUUCUGCAGGCAUGGUUCUGGGGAGGCAGUGGUCAAGGAGCAAAAUAUACUGUGCUUUUUGAGAGCAGUUGGUUUGGGCAGACGCAAUUAAAUUGUGUCCCAUUGUAGCUUCUUUAUAGAACUGACCUCAUAGCUGCUAUCAAGAUCUUUAAGUGAUUACUUUUGAUAUUCCAAAAUUGUAGAGUUAUCAAUGACUCUUACUGACUCUGAAGAACUUUCUGCAGCAGAGGUGACUUUAACAGACAAAUCUAACUGCCUGAAGGUGUGAUUGGCCUUUGGACCUCUCUUCUGGCUUCCUUAACCCUUCACACUGGUCUUUUCCUGCAGAGGCAGUAUAGCCUCAGUGUAUCUGAUCUGUCUGCUCAGUAUUGGUUAGGAUUGUUUGAUUAGCUCUGAAAUGAUGGAGUAGCUGACCAGUAUUGAAUUCCCAAAGCUGGGGAUGUUUGUUGGAUCAUGGAUAGCUCUUGUGUUGAGCCUGUGCUUCUCUUCUGGAUAUAUGUGCAAUUUUUGGAUAUAUUAUAUGAAAAACUGUUUAUGUUUACGUUACAUAACAGAUGUAACCAUAUGUUAGACCUGCCUUCCUUUUCUUUUCUUACAAGGCACAUGGAUGCACAAAGUUGUGUGCUCUUUCUAUGGAUUGGUGUUUCUUUUCUUUAUUGUUAAACUGUGACUAACAUGUUUACUUCAGCCUUUGAGACAAAUAGCCAUUUUGAACAGGAUAUGCAGGUUUGGACCAGAUAUUAAAAGAUAAUCUACAGAAACUAAGUCACUAAAUCUGGCUCUAUGAUCUUUGAGUAGAACAUGCCCCCCUCACUUGAUGGAAACUGAGCCUGGCAUAGAAUAUGUGGUGGCUUCUUAAAAUGUUUUAAAUCUUUUGGCUUCCAUAUCCAUAGACAAUUGGAGAAAGAUUGAACAGAAUUCAGAAUAAUGUGUAUGAAUGUUUUAUUGCUAUAAAACAAAAGUGCAAAAUUGUUUGCAUAUGAAGAGCCAACACUGACCCCCAGAAUGUGAGAUGUGGCUUUUGUUCAAAUGGCCACCAAAACAAGCAUUUGCUAUCAAUGCACUACAGAACUGUUUAGAGAGCCUGGCCUAAACAUGAAUUGUGGUCCUGCUUGAAAUAGUGAAGAGUGACUAUACACAUCUUUGUGAGUGUACUUUGCUCACAGCCUGCUGCCUGCUCUUCACACUGGGCUUUUUCUCUGAUUUUACGUAUGCUUUUAAUUGAUAUCUGCAUGUAUAUAAAUGUUCAUUUAACCAGCAUGUUAAUGGAACAUCAGGACUACUUACCACCAUGGUAGGCUAUAUUCCAAUAGGCCACCUUACAUAUUUUUGUUUGUAAGAUAAUUGCAUUGGGUCACCCUCAUGUUGAUAUAACCUGUAAAAUAGACUAUUGAAUGUUUUAAGAUGGCCAUGCAUAUUUUAUGCAGCAGCUCCCUAUAUAUAAUAGAACAGAUUUCAACCAGUAUUAGCAUUGUGCACUCCAUUCAAGCAGAGGUGUGUGCUCACUGCCAUUUCCCUUUUAUAUAGUACUAGCUGAACUUUGAUAAUGAAGGAUAAUAAUGUGAUUGCUCCGUAUCAGUGAAUAUUUGUGUUUGUGUGUGUGAGAGAGAAAGACAGAGACAGAGAGAGACAGAGAUGCAGAGGGAUACAUAGAGAUGCAGUCUAGCCAAGGUUUCCAGGUUUGGUGGACCCUGGGACUACUUCUGCAAACAAUCCUGUUGAAGCCCAAUUCUUAUAUAGAUAUUCUGCCAUUUAAGAGAUUAGCUGAUCCAAACAGAUAAGAUGCAUAAUAAACUAGAACAAAAUGUUGCAGUAUAAUUUCUGAACAAAAUGAAAUUCUUCCUUGUCUUUAUAAUUAGCUGCUGCAAUCAUAAAAUAUUAACACCUUAAAAAUAUAAACAUACUUUUAUUGUAUUUUAAAUAUACAUGUUGAUUGAGUUCAAAGGAUUGUAAUUUUCAAAUAGCCAUACUGACUGUAAAUAGAUAUUUUUCUUAUGUAGAUAUAUUUACACAUUGUAAAUAUAUUUUUUGGAAAGCUGCUGCUAAAUUUAUGUUAGCACAAUAUCUACAAUUUUCCUAAUGGCAAACAAAAAUUCUCUGAAAUUCACUUAUGUUUAAAUAUUUGAACACAUGCUUCCUGGAACCUUUAGUGUCAUUAAUCUUUUCUGGGGUGGCAGCCUGGAUGAGUAAUUAAGUGUGCUAAGAACAUUGCCUUGUCACAGAUUUAAAGCUAUUAAGAGGAGAAUUCUGUGGUGGGAAUUGCCCAGUGCCAGCUACCAAUUUAAUAAUAUUGCCUACAUUAAAAAAGAGAAAAGAAAUAAAAUUACAUGUUCUGCAUGAAGCUGACAAUCUAAUCAAAAGAGCACUAUUUGGUUAUGCAAAUUCAAGAGUUCUGUUGACGUUAUUAAAAAUGAAAAUAAAAUGGUAACAGACAUUUUCCAAAUCUGCAACUUCUAUACAAUAAAACAAGAUAUGGUUUUAAAAUUGUCUAGACAACAUAAAACUGGGGAAAUGCUUAUCUUUUUCAGUUUACAACCAAUGAGAAAACAAACACUUCAUAUAUAUCUCUUGCAAGUCUAUUUGCUAACACUGUUAAGAAGGAUUGACCAUUUAUCUAACUUAAGCACUGGUACAAAGCCUAAAACGUGGAGAGCAACAAAGUUCAGAGAAGUGGCCAUUUUCUUAUUCUGGUACCAUUUGGAGAUGAUCAUCAUCAUCAUCAUUAAAGGAAAUUCAGGAAAUGCUGCCUUUAGUGGCAGAAGCCACAGGGAAUUGUUCUUUCAUAACAGCUGCACAAUAUCAAAAUAUACUGCAGUUACUGGAAAAUGCAGCUGUGAAAUGAAUUGUACAUGUAGUAGCCUCCAUAUUCAUUAUUCUAUCCAGUUGUAACAGAUAACUGGUGCCACUCCGUUUGUUUAUGUUUGUCAAAAAUAUGAUUAAAGAAAAUCAGGAAUGUUGGUAUUCAGACCAGUUUAGUUUUUCAAAAUAGUAUCUCUAGCUCUCUAACUUUAUUUUAUUUUUUAUUUUAUUUUAUUUUUGCAAAAUUCAGUUUUGCCAAUUUUGCCAGGGAAACAUUGGAUGCAUUGUUCCUAAGUUUAAUAUUUUAUUUUUCUCCCUGAUAUUUUCAGACAUCAUCAUUACACUUAUUAGGUCAAGUUAAGAUGAGCUGAAUCUUCAGGAGAGGCAUGAAGGAGAAACCUUGGGGUCAUUAACACUUUUUCAAUAUUAAAAAGAUUUGAAUGGUCCUGUUUCUGAAAUGUUGUUAAAUGAGGAUUAUAGCGUGCCUCAAGUGAUUAAUUAUGUAGCAAUUUUGAUUUCUCCCAACAUGUUGCCCUGUUCAAGCACAGCCUUCCCCAACUUGAUGCCAGAUCCUAGAAUCCCUGGCCAGCGUACUAGGUUUAGAAAAACUGUUCAAGCCUGAUCAAGAAAUGGCUCUCAAGACAGGCUUUGCAAGAGCAAAAUUGUUUCUAAAUGGCUCUGUUCUUAGCUACUCUCUACCACCCCAGCACUCCCCAAAAUACCUUCCCUAUAAAUGAACAGAUGUAAUCCUGGAAGUAAAGAACUAAACAUGAAGAUAGUAGCAUCUCUUCCAUUUAGAAUCACCCCUCUAUAAAUACUGUGUCUUUAAUAAUAGCACACAUUUUUGCAAGUUUGUUUACAGAUUCAAAGUAAACGACACAAGGGAACUUCUGAUUAACAUUCACUGUGUAAGAUUAUUGCAACUGUAAAUGGACUGGCUUAACAAGAUGGCAAGGCCUCUGUCCAGUUGUUUCAGAGUAGCAUAAUUUGAUAUUUAAAGGCAUGGGAGGGAGGGUUGCUUUGGUUUGUCUAAUUAUACAAAAUGAAUGUACUUAGAAGUGCAUUGUCAAUCCUUUACAAAGUUAAGUUGCUCCUAAACCUAUGAUUUCAGUGACUUGAGCUACAUUUAAUUAUUUGUAGGAUUGCCAUCCCUAUGCCUAGGAACGUAAUUGAAAAUUAUUAAUUCCUAAAGAGAUUCUACCAUAGCAUUUCCUGUUCCAUCCAACUUUUUGUUGGAAAGCUGUUUGCUACAAAGCUGAAGCAAGGUAGAACAGAUGGAGAUUGAAAAAACUGUCAAUUAGUUUGUUCCAGAGUGCUUCCUUUAGCUGCACUGAUGCUGGCUUCCAGUUCCUUGACUAUUCCUGUAAUCCAGAAAAGUUUGAUAUAUUUUAAUAUGGGAGGAAAUUGUCGAGUGUCUAUAUUUUUAUAAAUGAAUUCUACUGAACUACAAGCAUAAUCUGAUUUGUUUUUAUGCUAAGUGUAUUAUAUAUUUGAAUAUACAUAACAUUUCUUGAAUUUUAAAAAUUCACGUAGUAGACCUCUCUUUCCAAGAGUUUGGAAUAGGCAUCUCCAGAAUGCGUCUGAACCUUCCCCAACCUGGUGCUCAGAUACGUUGGAGCUGCUGGCUGGGAAUUCUGGGAUUUCAGUCCCAACAAGGCAGUUCCCCUGCCGGCCUGCAGUGUGGUACAUGUUGACACUGAUGUGGAAGGUCUCUUUCCAACAUGCUGCGUCGAGCGUACCAUUUGCUGACUUGGAUUCAGACUUAGAAGGGUUUUGUCUUGAGGUGGUUCUCUGUAUGUGAUUUUUUAGAAAGAUUUAAUUCUGUCAAGCAGUAUGAGGAAAGAUCUGUUUUAGUUUUUAUUAGGAAGAUAAAGUAUUUUAAGUCAAAAAUUCCUAUUCAAAUACAGUUUUAUAUGAUACUUCUUUUCCAGUGCCUCAAGGUGAUGGGGAAGGGGAGGGGGGAUAAGACUCUGUUCCCCUCAGCAAGUAAUUGUGUUUGAAGUUCACUGCAUUGCUCUGUCUGGUGCUUCAUCAUAUUUAUAUUUAUCCAUUCUUAUAGAUAUAACUCUCAUACCUUUUUUGUGUUCAGACGGCAGUUACGCUUUGCUGUGGUACUUUGCUGUGUACUCUGUGACAGACAUGUUGUUAUGUAAAUAAACCAGUUUUAUUACACUGAAAAU